GGGUUUUUUAAAAAUGGCGGCAGUGUGUUGCUGAUAUAGUGAUAAAACACUUCCCGUAUUCCGCUUCACUCUUCGGAAAACAUUGUGAAAGACGUCAUUACUGUUAACGAAGGAAUUUUCAGACAAACAGUUUGGUAUAAGUGGGUCAUAUGGUAAAAUAUGGUUGCUCGAUUCUUGAUGUUUGUUUUCAAGAAACUCAGAGUUAUCGUUUGCAUCAAAGCUAUUUCAGUUUUCCUCUCGAAAUUAUGGACGCUAUUCGAUCAUCUUGCACGGAAAAAUGCAAAAACGCUUAUACAACAUCAAGCUAUCAAAUAUGACAUUUAUGAGCUGUCACCUCUGUCUAUACAAAGACUAAGUUUAGUGAAAAGAAAAAUUAUGGUGCUAGAUCUUGAUGAGACUCUUGUGCAUUCCCAUACAGAUGGAUUAGCAAAGCCAACUGUAAAACCCUCAAUGCCUGCAGAUUUUACAGUGAAGGUGACAAUAGACAGGCACCCAGUCAGAUUCCAUGUACAUAAGAGACCGCAUGCUGACUUCUUUCUAAGUGUUGUAAGCCAAUGGUACGAUCUGGCGGUUUUUACAGCAAGCAUGGAGGUUUACGGAGCUGCAGUCACUGACCAAUUAGAUCGCAACAAAGGAGUUCUUAAAAAGAGAUAUUACCGCCAGCACUGCAAAGUGGACAUAUUUGGUUUUACGAAAGACUUACGGAUAAUUUCUUCCGACCUUUCGAGUAUCUUCAUCAUUGAUAAUUCACCAGGAGCUUAUAGGGAAAACAAACACAACGGCAUACCGAUUGUCUCCUGGUUUGCAGAUCCAUCAGACAAGGCCCUUCUGAACUUACUUCCGGUUCUGGAUGCUCUCCGGUUCACCUCUGACGUCCGGUCGAUUCUAAGUCGUAACUUGCACCAGUCCCCAUACUAGCUAGAAUCGCUCAUGAAAUCUACCUUGCCUGAUGAUAUUACCCAAGAACCAACAUAAAUCUUUGAUAAUAAUUGUAUGUUUUAUAUUAAACUGUUUCAUACAUGUCACAGACGUAUAAAUAUGAAACCUCUCUCUUCUUUCCGUGUAUUUUUCUCAAUCUUCAGGGCUCAUUCGGCUUUAGACUUGCAACGGUGACGUCCAACUUUUGACUCACUGUUAUCAGAAAAACCUCCGACCUUUCUGAAUUGUUAAUUUUUCCAUGCAACAAAAUUAGUGAGUUAGCCUUAUCAUCUAUAUUUUGUAAUAAAUUAGAAGCACACAAUGUCCGUGCCACAGUCAUAUUCCACCCCGAAGUUCGACCAAAAACUGUUCGUGUUUUCAUUUUAACAUGCAAUACUGUUGGCCCGGAAGGACACAUGCAGUAGCGAAUGGGGCAAGGGGGCAGUUGCAAAUCAGCAACAAAUUAGUACCUCAGACAAAAAGUGACAUUUCAAACAAAAAUAAAAUUUUUUAAUUGAUUGCAAGAAAGUGACUGCAACAAAAUCUCUAAAAUGUAUUUUAUGCCAAUCUAAAGGGCGUGGUCGCAAAAAUUUUAUACCCGCUUAGUUUGCAGAAGGGGGUGGGGGGGGGCUCUUGCUACCUUUCAUGGGAGAUUCCCGACAAAAUACACACUUCAUUCACACAAUACUGAGACACAAAAAUUGUCCUACCAAUAAAUUUGAGAAUAAUUGCCAGGCUCGAAUUUCAUCGACAGUUUGACUUUUAUUCAUCUGACCAAAUAGAUUUGACCAAAAGGUGCGAGGUGUACACCCGAAGCUUGUAUUGUGUUAGUAUUUUUCGUUUCUGAAUAUAUUUGAUGAUAAAAAACAUUGUAGCAAGAAUUUGAGCUUUAUCUCUCGAUUCUCCAAAUUUAGACAUUAUAUUGCUUAAGAAUGAUUUAAAAACUAAGGUUCAAAAUAAGAGGGGGCUUGUGCUUUUCACAAACUAUCAAGAGUGCAUCUCAGUUUCAACAAAUGGACAGUAAAAGCAUCAAAUAGGUCGUUUUGAUUGGGUCGAAAGAGACUGCCAAGUCUUAUGAUAAUAAUCUCUUUAGAUUUUGAUAAACUUUAAAAAUUAGAUACUGUAAUGAUUUUGAAGGUUUUUUUCCUAGGAGAAUGGACUUAGUUUGAAGUUUUUAUCACUGUUACUUGUUUUUAGAUAUUUGUUUACAAAUUUGAAAAAUCUGUUUUUGUAGGUAGAGCUUCCUUGCCUGAUACAUAAAACGUUCAGAACAUUAAACAUUAGAGAAAUUGUGGAGGUAAAAGACAGUUGUAGAAUUGAAAUUUGCUUAACACAAAAAGCUACAAUUAGCUGUCAUUGCGUUGUAAUCUAACCAUUGUCACGUACAAACAACACAACUAAUAUCAGCGUUUUCCCAAAGUUUUAAGGGUGUUGUCUACAAAAAUUUCCCCUGGGAUAGACCCCCAACCCCCUCUUGUCGGGCUCGUCUCUGCCCCUCUAAUCUUUCCUUCAUGACUACGCUACUGGACACAAGCACUUCCAUUUUACAAACUUUAUAACAUACUCAAGACUGUUGAGUAUUUCGUUACUCGGGGAACAGUUCUUCUACGCAUGCGCAGCAAAUUUAACUUUUAUUUAGUUUGCCGAAAUUCAUCUCAAUUUCGUCUGUUUUUAUUUCUGUACACAGAAAUGUAAAUCUUAAAGCCUUCUAUCUUUGAGCAAAGCAAGCUUACUCUGUCAAUGAAAUUGUUACUAUGUCAAAAGAAAAGGCAUUGCUCCUGAAAGGAAUACUAUAUAUUCAAAUAACAAAAACAAAAUACAGUACAAACCCAUACCACUGCGCAUUUGACAUGCUGCAUCUGAUUUUCUUUGACUUUCUGAGGCUUUUGUCCCCCUCUAGUCCCCAAGGUAAAAGCACGUUGUGGGGAUCAAGUGAAAAAUAGAGACGAAACUCCAAAAAAGUUCCCGGUUCCUUGUUAAUAAUGUAUAAAAAGACAAAAGCGAAAAAACACUGCGAAUGUUCUAUUUAUUUACUUAUGCAAAGACUCCUUGGUACUGCGAACUUUACAUUAAAACAACAUAUUCCAUGAGUGAGAUUAUUUCUAGUGUAGCGUUCAUCUUGCGAGUCGUGUCUUAUCUUGUCUGUCUGUUUCUUCGAAUGAGUUGAAUUGCAUGUCACCAAUCACAUGACCUAAUUGAUUUCCUUCACACGUGAACGCAAAUUCUUCUCUUCGGUCUUGGUAUGUUGAACGCCUGCCAGCCCCCCUUCCUUCGCAAUAUGGUACUGGCAAUGGCAAAGAAUGAUAAAUCAAAUAAAUAUGCACGAUUUUUGUGUCUCUGAACAUUGAAGUUAUGCUUGUUGCUGUGAUUGUGGAGUGCAACAAUUCCUAAGAGAAAGCGACCAUGCAUUUUUGUUCGUGGGAUUUUAGUACAAUUCAUCACACCAAUUCUGGUACGGGUUGUAAUUGAGGUUUUCCGUAAACAAGCAUUUGUUUAAUCAUAAUUCUUAGGAAAUUCAUAAUUUAUGUGCAUCUUGUUGGGUUGGGCCUAAAAUAUUAGGAUUGAAAUUUUGAAACAGUCUCAGCAGACGUUGAUUGGCACUUUCCCUGGGGUCAUGCUUCUUACAGCGACUUUUCAUGAUUUUGUUAAACUUGUGAGUAUGUGUUUUGCUUUUGUUAAACUGCACUUUGAUAUAGUACUGAUAACUCUAGACUUUUUCACUAUUCAGAAAGUUUCUUAACAGCUACGUUGGUAGAAACGAUCAAUCCUAGGCAACUGAUAAAUCAAAGGAUAUGGCCAAUGCAGUAAAAUUCUACUCGAAAAAUAUUCAGCCAGGGACAUGGCCUCAGCGGAUGCUAAACGUUCAAGAGGAUAUGUAUGGAUCAGGACAAACAUUAUUCCUUCGGUCAGAUUGAGCUGUCCGAAUGUAGGCUGGAAAACGAUAAAUUUUACCUGAUUAUGAGGCUGCCGCCCUCUCAGCCCCUCUUUCACCUACGCCAAUGGCCAGGAAGAGUUUUUACAAUCUUCGUGUUAGCAGAAAUAUAAUCAUCAAUAUGCUUGUCAAACAUAAAACAGUUUUGGUCAUUAAGCAAAUCUGACCCAUCAAUCGCUUGCAUAUCAAUUAUUAAUAUAACAGUUUAAUUUAUGAUUCAUCAGUGUUUUCAGUUUUCGGAACUAAUAGACAGGUGAAGGUAGGUGUUGUCACUAGAAAUUUCCUCCUACUAAAUAAUUGACAAAACCGGACGAAAUGGCCCAAAUGUAGCAAAUAGGGGGCAACUGGGCCAUAGAAUGUAUACAGUGGUGGUGCCAGGGGAGGGCUAGGGCGCUACAGUCCCUUCAUCGGAAGCAUCUAGCUCCCCUAUAGGAAGAAAAUUUUAGGUUAUUUUCGGAGCAAAUUUGACAGAAUAACGUACGAAAACUGCAUAUUAUAGUCAAUUUAGCCCCCUGUUGGAAGCUCCAACCUCUCUGUCGGAAGAUUUCUGGCGCCACCUCUGAAUGUAUACAAGUUUAUUUAUGAACAACUUAUAUAUUAACAAGAUCGAAACAUGCGAUGAUGAAAUCCUAUCCAUCAAGGAGCAGGUUAAGAAUCCCGCUAAACAUUUUGAAAUUUCUGCAAUCCGUGUAUUAAAUCUGCGUCCGGCAAGUGUGUAGAACUCCCUCGUUCCGUUGAAAAAUUGCCAGGUUUCCGCAAUCUACGACAAAUUUCCCUUAAAUUCUGUUAUUCCGCAAACACUGAUGACAUCUUCAUUUGGAGAAAAAAAGCAAGGAUCUACCCUGUGCCUUGCAGACAAAUAUUCUUGCUGGUAAUAACUGCGGGUACGAAGGUCUUUUAAUGCAGAACACGGCAAAAGGUGAACCACGUUUAAGUAUAAAUAUUUGUCUCAGGAUUUUCCAAUUUCCAAGUCCUUCUCAAUUGAAAAGUUUGCAAUUUUUGGAUUAUACGUAAUUUGGAAGUUAUCUCUUUUUCUGGUAAGGAAGUGCAUAAAGGGAAUAUUACUGGCCCAGCAUCAAGCUGUAGUUUUGUGCAGCCACUUUGAAUUUGCACUGAAUUUGGCAGUGUUUUUUACGUCUUAGUAACAAAAAUCACUAAGAUGGAGGUCAAUGAAAAAAGUUGAAAAACUGUCAAAAUUGAAAUCUUCAUCUUUAAAUUAGUUUAUAAUGAAAAAAUCAUGUUGUUUGGACUGUUCGGUCGUGAGUUUUGAAUAUUUUGUUUUGAAUAUUUAAAUAUUUCUUUAGAUUUGACCGGAAUUUGCUGCUGCAGUGAAAAAAUUUCACUUGAGUCAGCCCGGGCUGAGUGGGCCCCGGCUGAGUGGGCCCGGGUUGAGUCAGCCCGGGCUGAGUGGGUAUUAUCAUACUUUAUCUUAUUCACACACUUAAUGAUUUUGCAUCGAUAGAAUUUGCGAAACAAAGUGAAAAUAUUCAGCAAGAGGAUCAGCCAUUUUUUCUGCGCGCUUUUCAAUAUUCACUCGUCCCACUUUGUUUUUGCCCAAUCACCACUAAAUUUGCCCAAUUCUAAGGGUACGUAUGUUAAAUAAAAGUUAUUCAGCAUGAAAUUAUCUUUCAAAAAAUGUACAUACUAUGUGCUUUUAGCAACAUUAAAAUUUUGAACCACUACUGAUCAGUGCGCCAUUAUGGUUUUUGCCCAAAUAAGGAACUCCCAAUGUCCAAUUGAUGGGGCUUUUUUUCUGGUCAUUUCCAACUUAGUAGUAUAGAUCAUCUGUGCCAAAUUACAGCUUUAUAUUAUUUUUAUCCGGGUUAGACCGUUUUUAUAUCUAAUUCCACUACACUAAGCAUAGUGUUUUGUGGACCAAUCGUUUAUUUACAUCAAAGGAGGUGUUCAUCCAUAGUAAAGUUACCUGGGGAUGUGCCGCGAGCAAGGGUAUGCUUUUUCAGACUUACUCGGGGUAUAUCUCUUUGCAAUUUUGCCCCAGUCAAGGUCUAGCUAAGGGUACAAUAUUUGACAAUAUUGGUCCUUUGACAGUUUUUUUUCUUAAUAAAGCCUUGAAAGAUAAGAAUACUGACAACCCAUUUUUGUUGAUAAUAAACUAGUAAAUGAAACAAUUUUGUAGAAAUUCGUCUCGCCAAGGGAACAAUUUUCGUAAAAAUUAGUCUAGCCGACAGUACUACUUUGAACAUGCUCGUGGCAGACCCCUACCCAAAAUUUAGCCGAGAACCCCCGUGAUUUCCACAAAUAAUAGUGCCAUUUUGAGUUGUCUUUUAGAUGAUGUUACGCUGCGCAGCAUCGCAACCAUCCGACAUCUGCAUAAAUCGACCGCUGUUCAAACUUAACAAAAAUACUGCAAACAACGUUCAGUUGACUUAAGCAGGUCUUUUCAAAAUGUUUCAUGCUCAAAUGUUCGUAAGAGAUGUCAGUGACCAGUUAUUGUCAAGAAAGCAUUGACAAAAUACGACGUACUCAUUCAAGCUAUUCGGCUAUACGCUUCAUCUACCGUCCAACAUAAAGAUGUUCUUCAUUAGUAAUCAUCGAUAAAGAACCAUCGAGCUCUGGUGGAUCAAAUGAAAUCUAGACCAACCCGCUUAAUCAUACUUCAAAAUCUAGCCUGCGACACUGAUCAUAACAAAACAGGAAUCGUACUAUUCAUAUUCCUGUCUUCGCAUGGUAAGUGACGCGGGCUAACUUCAUAGAAAAUAUAAGAAAAAUGCCUAAAUGAACUUUGUAUAGAUGAGAAUAUGAUUCUUUUUACUACAGUCGCUGUGUGCACAAACUGUAGGCAAUUGAAUUUAAUCAUGUAGGCAAUUCUGUAGGCAAUUCAAUUGAAGGUUAUUUUGAUAAAAAAGCAACUCCAAAUGACACAAAGUUAAAAGUCUACUGACAUAAUUGCAACUAACCCGUUGGCCUGAUUCUUUCGACUCGUCUGAUUCUGCUUCGAUGAAAACUAAACCACUGUGCCUAAACCACAGAUUAGCUUUUUAUAUACUCUGUUUCGGAACGAAGGUUGUUAGGGGUAACUCGACAAAUGCAAUUACGUAAUUCCUCGUUUGUGUUUUCUGAGAAACCAUCCUCUUUUCGGAGAAACCACCCUCUUUUCUCAGAAACCAUCCUCGAGUUUCUCACCUUAUUUUCACGUGCGAUUAGAUUUUGAAUUUCCUAUUCAUAUUGACAAUUCAUGUCAAAGUGGGGGGGGGGGUACCAGGUAUCCAUCCUGAUCACGCAAUCACGCGUAGAAUAAUUGCAAAUCGCUCUUCCACGGUACUGGAAAUUAACUUUCCCGAUCACGCCCCCUAGAAUCUCUCUGAAUUUUUAACAACUAUCUAAUAGUCGAAAUUUCUUGUUGGCAGAGCCAUCGGCAUUGGAAUCUCUGAAUAAUGGAGACAUUUAUCUGGUCUGGUACCGAAAACCAAGACUUUGUGCUGGUAAAAACGAUAGCACCCCAUUUCGAAAUUCGCUUGCAGCACUCACUUUCACGCAAUCACGCCGUAUGUAAUGCUAAUUCACGCAUUCACGCAUAAUAAAAAUUUGUUUCACGAUUCACGCAUCGAAAAUACGCCGAUCACGCAAUCACGCCAAAAUACCUGGUACACCCAAAGUGCGGGUGGGCCAUUAGAAAUGACUAUGACACUUCUAGGUGAAUUCAAGGCUAGGAGGCAAAAAGAGGAGAAUAAUGGACAAGCUUAAUAGACACAAUGUGCUAAUCAAGAAAUGACGUACAUAUGCAAAAGGAAACACUUUUUGAACCUGGGUUGUAUCUUGAAAUUUGAAAGACUUCAAAUAAGACAAUGUCUUUCAACUUUGAAUUUAAGUGUUUAAAAUCUAGAAGUAGAGUAAAGAUUCUGCAGAUUUUUCUUCAUGGCUUCUUGGUAUUGAAAACCAAUUGCUUGGAUAUUGAGGCAUGUGAACUCAAGAGCAGGGGUGUAGUACUAGGGUGGAGGACGCAGGGGUCUCUAUCCCCUUGUUAAUGCCUAACAUUGGCCAAUUUCUACUUUUGCUAUUGUUUUUCGCAACAUUUUGCACAAGGUCAGGCACCGCGGAGGAGGGGGCUAUAGCCCGCCCCACUUUUUGCCAAAAAUGCAAAAUAUUUACCAAUGAACCACCAGUCAAGCCAAUUUUAUUCGCUUUUAGCCCUAAAGAAUUAUAGAAUAGAAUUAGAAGAUCUGAAAGUUCUACUGGGUAGCUCUCUCUUUUUAGGCUAUACGCUUCAUCUACCGUCCAACAUAAAGAUGUUCUUCAUCAGUGAUCAUCGAUAAAGAACCAUCAAGCUCUGGUGGAUCAAAUGAAAUCUAGACCAACCCGCUUAAUCAUACUUCAAAAUCUAGCCUGCGACACUGACCAUAACAAAACAGGAAUCGUACUAUUCAUAUUCCUGUCUUCGCAUGGUAAGUGACGCGGGCUAACUUCAUAGAAAAUAUAAGAAAAAUGCCUAAAUGAACUUUGUAUAGAUGAGAAUAUGAUUCUUUUUACUACAAUCGCUGUGUGCACAAACUGUAGGCAAUUGAAUUUAAUCAUGUAGGCAAUUCUGUAGGCAAUUCUGUAGGCAAUUCAAUUGAAGGUUAUUUUGAUAAAAAAGCAACUCCAAAUGACACAAAGUUAAAAGUCUACUGUCAUAAUUGCAACUAACCCGUUGGCCUGAUUCUUUCGACUCGUCUGAUUCUGCUUCGAUGAAAACUAAACCACUGUGUCUAAACCACAGAUUAGCUUUUUAUAUACUCUGUUUCGGAACGAAGGUUGUUAGGGGUAACUCGACAAAU